UUCGCAGCCGUGGACACGAGAAUAACCGUCAACCUGGAGUCCACGUGCCAGAAACGACGGAAAUGUGAGGCCGAUGGGAAGGAGGCGAAGGUGGAGCUGACGGCGCAACGCAAUAUGUUCCCUAGCGCUCAAAUUAAAAUGAGAUUGCUGUCGCCAAGCAGUUCGCCGGCCACAUCGCCCACGAUGUCGAAUUCCUCGUCACCAACACCACCAACGCCGGCGGCCCCGGCUUACAACCAGAAGAUGACCGGUAUUCCUUGCGUAGCGGCCGCUUCGAGGUACACUGCACCGGUUCACAUCGACGUCGGCGGCACGAUAUACACGUCCUCCCUCGAGACUUUAACGAAGUACCCGGAAUCCAGACUAGCGAAAUUGUUCAACGGCAGCAUCCCCAUCGUUCUGGACUCGCUAAAACAACACUAUUUCAUUGAUAGAGACGGUGGCAUGUUCCGGCACAUAUUGAAUUUUAUGCGAAAUUCCCGGCUGCUGAUACCCGACAACUUUGCCGACCUAGAUUUGCUGCUGGAGGAAGCACGAUACUUUGAUAUUGCGCCUAUGUGUAGGCAAUUGGAGCAGAUGAAGAAGGAGCGUAUAAAAAACGGUUCGACAACGACAAUGAGCACAACUUCGCCAAGUCCUCCGCCCUCUGGUCAGCUCGGUGGUCGUGGCACUGCCUGCACUACCGCGCCUUGCAAUCGUGAUUCUGAGAAGAUGCGCGGUAAUGACGGUAACUGCAGCUACGAGUGCGUAGCGUUACACGUGAGCCCGGAUCUCGGCGAGCGGGUGAUGCUGUCAGGAGGACGGGCGCUGCUGGACGAAGUGUUUCCGGAAACGACGCAGGCGGUGAUCGAUGCGCGAUCCGGCGUUGCUUGGCACCAACAGGAUGCCCGUCACGUCAUACGGUUUCCACUAAACGGUUACUGCAAAUUGAACUCCGUUCAGGCGAUCACCAGACUGCUGAAUGCCGGUUUCCGGGUGGUGGCGAGCAACGGCGGCGGCGUAGAGGGCCAACAAUUCUCGGAGUACCUGUUCGUCAGGCAAGCCGUCAACACUUGACGGAGCACGGCGCAUCAGCGCAAAACGAUCUCCAAGUCGAUCCGCUGCCUACAGCGUGACUUAGAGUGAGUGCAACUGUCCAGGAGAACACCUCAAGACUGCAUCGCGGAUAAUUUGAUUAUUCUAUUAUAACAAAACAAAACGGGGCAUCUCGGUACAAGGAUAGGAGCCUAGCAAUCGCAACUGCUGUUUGAUGCCGAAAUAUUUAUAGCAAU